AUCACAACAGUUCCACUACCAUGGAUCACCCAAGUGAAAGACUCAGGUUUCUGAAUAAGGCUUGCAUCAUACAAGAUCCCCAACAAGACUUGAACUCAGAUGGAACAGCAAUAGAUCCCUGGAGGCUUUGCACUGUGGAUCAAGUAGAGGAGCUAAAGGCAAUACUGAGGGUUAUCCCAAUAUGGUUCACAGGUGUGAUAAUGUCUGUGGAUUUCUGUCAAUCUUCUUUUGCAGUCCUCCAAGCAACCACACUGGAUCGCCAUAUCUUCAGUUCCAACUUUGAAAUCCCAGCAGGCUCAGUAGGCUUAUUUGGAGUUGGGUUCUCCUUUAUCUGGAUAGUAUUAUACGACAGACUACUCCUGCCUGUAGCAUCAAGAAUUAGAGGAAACACAGUCCAUUUUGGCACCAAAUCAAGAAUGGGAUUUGGGAUCUUUAUGUCCUUCUGGUAUGCAGUCAUGGUGGGCAAAGUCGAGAGCAUCCGACGAAGCCUUGCAAUCAAACAGGAACACUCAUCAGACAACCUCGGAGAUAGUAAAAUGUCAAUACUAUGGAUAGUACCGCAGUAUGCGCUCAAGGAAUCGCAGUGGGAUCCAAUGCUGUGGCGCAAAACCAGUUCUUCAUUUCUGAAUUUCCCCGAAGCAUGUCGACUAUAGCUUCCAGUCUUUACGCGCUUGGCUAUUCCCUCGCGAGCUUGCUAGCGAGUUUGCUGAUGAGCAGCAUCAGCGAAUUGAGCAGAAGUAGAGGAAAUGGGAGUUGGAUAACAAGCGAUAUAAA